AUGCAGCUCCUCCCACUUCCUGCCCUCACCCGGACAGAGACUUCAAUGGAUACGAACAAGGCAAGGAAACGCAGUUUGACGACCUUCCCGAUUUUGAAAGCAAGGAAGAAGCAGAGUUUCACCUCUGUGAAGGUUGAGAGUAAGCCUUUGGUUCAACUCCAGAAGCCAUCCUCCAAGACCAAGAAGCUGAAAGUGAACCGAUGUCCACAAAAGAUUCCAAGUACCAGCAACACAGAAUUCCCUUUUGUGGACACAAAGGGGAAGAGGAACAUAGUUAACUUCCCCCAGAUUGGCAGCAAAGUCCUAUCUAAGGGGCCCGUGGUGUAUCAGGAAAAUCAAAUUCAUAAUCAAGGGCUAUCCUCUGAACUCAAGACUUCAGAAAUACCUUUCAACUUUAACACCAAACCCCAAGACCCCAAGCUACAUCCAGAACUCCAAAAGAGGCAUAAAGUCCCCCUUACAGCAGCAGAGGCCCUCAAGUUUUUUAAGAACCAGCUGUCCCCUUAUGAGCAAAGUGAAAUCCUGGGUUACUCGGAGCUGUGGUUCCUGGGGCUUGAAGCCAAGAAGCUCAACGUGAUUCCGGAGAAGUUCAGCAAGACGAGCUUUGAUGACGAGCACGGUUCCUACAUGAAGGUCCUGCAUGACCACAUUGCCUACCGAUAUGAGGUUCUGGAGAUGAUCGGGAAAGGGUCCUUUGGACAGGUGGCCAAGUGCUUGGAUCACAAAAACAACGAGUUGGUGGCCCUGAAAAUCAUCAGGAACAAAAAGAGAUUUCACCAUCAGGCUCUGGUGGAGCUGAAGAUCCUGGAAGCUCUCAGAAGGAAGGACAAAGACAAUACCCACAAUGUAGUCCACAUGAAGGACUUCUUCUACUUCCGGAAUCACCUCUGUAUCACCUUUGAACUCCUGGGAAUCAACCUGUAUGAGUUGAUGAAGAACAACAGCUUUCAAGGCUUCAGUCUGUCCAUAGUUCGGCGCUUCACCCUUUCCGUUUUGAAAUGCUUACAAAUGCUUUAUGUAGAGAAAAUCAUCCACUGUGACCUCAAGCCGGAAAAUAUUGUGCUAUACCAGCGAGGCCAAGUCACUGUCAAAGUUAUUGACUUUGGGUCAAGCUGUUAUGAACACCAGAAAGUGUACACGUACAUUCAGAGCCGGUUCUACCGAUCCCCCGAGGUGAUUCUGGGCCACCCCUAUAACAUGGCCAUUGAUAUGUGGAGCCUGGGCUGCAUCAUGGCGGAGCUGUACACCGGAUACCCACUGUUCCCUGGGGAGAACGAGGUGGAGCAGCUGGCUUGCAUCAUGGAGGUGCUGGGCCUGCCACCUGCCCACCUCGUCCAGACAGCCUCCAGGAGACAGAUAUUCUUUGAUUCCAAAGGUCUUCCCAAAAAUAUAACCAACAACAGAGGGGAAAAAAGAUACCCGGAUUCCAAGGAUCUCACGAUGAUGGUGAAGACCUACGAUUCCAGCUUCCUGGACUUUCUCAGAAGGUGUUUGGUGUGGGAGCCUUCUCUGCGCAUGACCCCCGACCAGGCCCUCAAGCAUGCCUGGAUCCACGAGCCGAGGAAGUUCAAACCCCGGCCCAGGCCGCAGAUAGUAAGGAAGCCUGGUGUCAGCAUUUCCUCUGAGAUGAGCAAGGAGAAGGCUGAAGAGCAGCAUGCCAGCAAAGGCAAAAAAGAUGAGACCACCAAAGAAACUACAGACAAAUUGAAAGAGGACGCUGAUAAGCACCCCGAGAAUUCGGGCAAACAGCAGAGCUCUCUCCCGCACACAGCAGACACCGUCCAGCUACCUCAUCUAGCAGAAGCUCCUGGAAAGCCAGAGCCUGUGGCUGCGUCAGAGGUGUCCGCAGAACAACAGAGCACCUCCUCCCCCAAGAGCACAAACAUUUUACCGCCCAUCAUGUGACCCUUGUGGAGGGCGUGUCCUGUUCCCCUUCGCCAUCGAU